GACUCACAGCGACGGGUGCGGCGCAGGGCCAGUUAAAUUGCUUUCUCCCGUUGUAUUACCUACUCAUCUCUCGCGGUGUACACAGCUGCGGCAGCGCGUUGCCAUGGAUCAAAAUCACAAACAAGACGAGCGGAGCGAUUUGUACGCCGGCUUCAGUUCAGCGUAUAAAUCGUUCGCCACAGAAGCAAUUCACAUCGGUCAGGAACCGGAGCAAUGGAAAUCAAUGGCUGUAGUGCCGCCGAUCUCUCUGUCUACCACGUUCAAGCAGAUUGGACCAGGACAACAUGCUGGGUAUGAAUACAGCCGGAGUGGAAACCCUACAAGAAACUGUCUUGAGAAGGCUGUGGCUGCUUUGGAUGGGGCAAAGUAUUGCAUUGCUGUUGCCUCGGGGCUGGCAGCCACAGUUACCAUCACUCACAUGCUCAAAACGGGUGAUGGAAUCGUCUGCAUGGACGACGUGUACGGAGGCACAAACCGCUACUUCCAAACAAUUGCGGCUGAACUUGGCCUGAAGGUGUCUUUUGCUGACUGUACAAAACCAGAGCUGCUGAAGGCCGCUCUUAAGGCCAACACUAAACUGGUGUGGAUUGAGACACCCACCAACCCCACCAUGAAGGUUGUAGACAUCAAGGCCUGUUCUGAGGUGGCCCAUGAAUACAACAAAGACAUAGUGGUGGUUGUGGACAAUACCUUCAUGUCUGCCUACUUCCAGCGCCCCUUGGCUUUGGGAGCUGAUAUCUGCAUGUAUUCAGCUACCAAAUACAUGAACGGUCACAGUGACGUGGUAAUGGGUCUGGCCUCAGUGAACCGUGAUGAUCUGUAUGAGCGACUGAAGUAUCUGCAAAAUGCUCUGGGCUGUGUACCGUCUCCCUUUGACUGCUUCCUGUGUAACCGAGGACUGAAGACGCUACACCUGCGGAUGGAGUGUCAUUUCAAGAACGGCAUGGCUGCCGCAAAGUUCCUGGAGGCAGAUCCCAGAGUGGAGCGUGUCAUUUUCCCAGGCCUGCCCUCUCAUCCCCAGCAUGAAGUGAUGAAGAGACAAUGCACCGGAUGUCCGGGGAUGAUCACCUUCUACAUUAAGGGGGAACUCGAGCACGCCAGCGCCUUCCUCAGUAACCUCAAAUUAUUUGCGAUAGCUGAGAGUCUCGGUGGUUAUGAAAGUUUAGCAGAACAUCCGGCGAUUAUGACCCAUGCAUCAGUGCCAGAAAACGAGAGGGAUGUCCUGGGGAUCAAUGACACACUCAUCAGACUCUCUGUGGGUCUGGAGGAUGAGGAAGACAUCAUCGAAGACCUGAGACAAGCUCUGGCUGCUGCUCACCCAAAGAUGAAGUGAAAUGUCAACAGGCCAAGCUCGAGGCCGAGGUUGAAUCCAUCCAAGUCCGUAAGAAGACUGGAGCUAGCUGAAGUCUCAAAUCAUCGCACAUCAACACUUGGAACCUAAGUUCAGCGCACAAGAUUCAACCAUCAGGGAACAACUUGUUCUUUGCGAAAUACAAAUCAUGCUCUCUGUGGAUAAUUCACACAAUUUUUUUUAAAUACUUGUUUUGAUGGCUAUUUUACUAGUACAUCAGUUGUUAUUUUAUGCUGGCUUUGCUAUGUAUAAUGUUUGGAGGGUGUUAAUGGGGCCUAUUACUAUUCAAUAAAGACUUAUGCUGUAUAAGUUACUGCAGGAAAAAC